AUGGAACUGAGGCUUCCUCAAUAUACCUAAUUUUUUAUAACUAUCAACAGUAUGGUGAGUGACAUGGUUAUUAAUAAACAGUAAAAAACUGAAUUAGAAUAAGGCAUUUUAAGAAAAGAGAAAAACCUAAUGGAGAUUGUUAGCAAAUACGGGAGUAAAGACAUGGAAUAAUAAUUUCGUGAUAGAUUAGUUUAGUAUUCAAACCACAGAUAGAACAAAGUCUUAUUACCUCAUAUCAAAAUUUUAGAUAAAAACUAAAGUAACAAAUUUAGUGUUAGCGCCCGACAAAUUUAAUUUUAGUAAGAAUAUACAAUAGAAGAGACCAAAUAAGAAUCAUUAUGUCCCUUUAUUCUGCAACUGAUUGAGUAGCUAGACACAAUGCUCUCAAUACAUACGACAAACGGAGGACAUUUAAUUCCUACUGAUGUGUAGAAGUUAUCCAAAUUAAGGGACUAAAUUAACUAGAAUUUGGGAAUCCAAUACGAAUAAGAAUUAGAUAAUGAAUCAUCUGUAAGUUAUAGAAAUGCUAGUGAUUGUGGUAGAGUAAUAUAGGAGUAUUAAGAUGAAAAAUCUGAUUAAGUAGAUACUAGUGUUCAGUUAAAAUGUAAAUAUUAUAUUCAAAUAAUGAAUUAAAUUAAAUAAACUUAUGCUUAAUUAAAAAGUCUAUUUUUGGGUAGUUUACAUACACUUUAUUUACUUAUGUAAGAGGAAUUGUCCUACAAUAACUUAGUAAACGUUGUUAAGUCACUAAUUAAAGAAUUGACAGAUUCAGAAGAGAUAUACUUUUUGAUUAAAAGAAAUGAGGAGUGGGAUUUUUAUUCCACAGAAAAAGACUCUAUCAAAUAGAUCGAGAAGGAGAAGCAGUAAGUAUUCUUCUUGAAUUUUUCACACUUGAAACCGAAUAUUAUUUAUAAUUUUAAGAAUAAUGAAAAUCAAACUGAAUAAUUAAAACAAGUAUUGGAUUUGAAUUCUUAGUUUACUGAACUUUCAUUAAUAAGAUUCAUCAAUCAGAAUAAAUAAGAAACAUUUUUCUUUUUCUAUUGGAAUAAACCAUGUAGAAAUAAAUUGUUGAGAAGAUUUAUCAAUGAGGCCAACGAAUACAGAUUCAAAGACGAAGUCUUAUGCUUAACUAAUUUCUUGAUUGAUGUAAUUUUGCAAGCCAGAGUGCAAUAUUUUAAUCCAGUGUAAUUUGCAGAUUAGAUUUUCGACAUAGUUUUAAGUUUUGUUGAAUCGUCUAAAUAUAUCCUAUUUGAUGAAAUAUUUAGGGCUUUGAAUCCUUAUUUUAAAAUCAAGAAGGAUCAUGUUUCAUCUGAGAAUGGUCGAUAGAAUGUACACUCGGAUAAUUCUGUAAGAAUUGAAAUGGAAUGCAGGAAUCCUAUUGCAUUAAUUUUGGAAGAGUUCUAUCUUACCAGACAGGAUCAUUAAUACAUUUACACAGGAAUAUUGAAUUUGAAAUCAAAGUAUUUGAGACAUUUGAGAUUGUGUCAUGAGAAAAUUGCAUACUACAAGUACUUUUUAAGAUCUUCAGAUACUAUUCUAUUUGAUUUUGAUAAAAAUGGAAGACUUCUAUUUUUGAAUCAUUAUAUCUGGGAGACUCUCAAAUCGAAAUACAAUAUUUAAUUUACUCCAGAUCAGAGGACUCCAUACUAUAAAGAGUUGUUUUUGGAUAAAAGAAUAUUAAAGCACAUAGACCUGGAUGUAUUUACAAUGAAAAGGAAGAAUGAGUACAUUUAGACUGAGGAUUUUGAAAUAUUCCUGAAGGUGGUUGAUCAAGUUUAUAAAGGAUUCGUGAUAAUAUUCCAUCUAUAAGAAGGAUCUAGGAUGACCGAAUACAUUAAGAAUUUGAAUGAUGAAGAGCAGCAUUUGGAGGAUGAAAUCAAAUAGUAAAUUCAACGCUCAUACAACAAGCAUUAAACAUUUAAGUUCAUUUCCCAAUUACAAAAAUCAAAUCCGAGUGUUAAAAAUUCAUACAUUUCUUUGUUUAUACCAGAGGAAUAAAAAUCUUUGGAUAAUUUAGAACAAUAAUAUGAAACCAAUAAUUCAUUUUAGUCCUUUGCAUCCAAGAAGCCAAGGUUGAGUAUUCAAAUGUUGAGCAAAACAAUCAAGGCAUUUCGUUAGUAAGCAGCUAAAUUGCGUAUAAAGUCCAUAGAAUCAGCAUUGGAAAUUGAGGAGGAUGAUGAUUUGGAUAGUUUACAUUAAGAUGGGACAAUUGAUAAAUUAGAAUUUAAUAUUUUCUCUUAUAAGGACAAUAUGAAAACAAAACUAGUGUAUCAUAUUAUUAAGAAGAAUGAUUGGAUUGAGAAUUACGAUAUGAAUAGGGAUGUUCUAAUGAAAUUUAUUAAGGAGGUCGAGAGAAAAUACAACAAAAGGAAGAAUCCAUUUCAUAAUUUUGAUCAUGGCAUUACGGUGAUGCAGAGUUGUAAUUUCUUAUGUUCUUUGCCAAGAGCACAUGAAUAUAUAAGUGAGAUUGUGUAUUUUGCAACUGUGAUUUCAGGGUUAUGUCAUGACAUUUCUCAUACAGGAAGGACGAAUCAAUUUGAAAUCAAUAGCAAAAGCAAAUUGGCUACAAGAUACUUGGACAAGAGUCCAUUGGAAAAUCAUCAUGCCGCAGUCACUUUGAAAUUGUUGAAAUAGGAUAAGUACAAUAUAUUAUAGGGGUUGAAUGCUGAGGAUUUGGCAAUUUUCAGAUAGACUCUUAUCGAGAACAUUCUAUUCACAGAUAUUAAAUAACAUUUUGGAUUAAUAAAGGAUUUUGAGUAAAGAGUGAAGGAAGGCAAGGAAAAUUAGGAGAGAGUGUUUGGAUAGGUGGAUGGGGAUGUAAAGUUGUUCACAGGAAUGAUUGUUCAUACUUCUGAUUUUAGUGGUGCUGCAAAGGUGUUUGAAUUGUCGAAGGCUUGGUCAGAGAAAGUCAAUAUGGAGUUUUAGGCAUAAUUCGAUGAGGAGGGAACUCGCAAGCUCAUCUCAACACCAUUUAUGAAGGACUUAGACAAGUAAGAAAUAAUGGCAAAGAAUGAAAUGGGAUUUUUUAAAGUUAUUGUAAGACCGUUAUGGGCUAGUUUAAAUGAAUUUUAUGGUAAACAAUUACAGAAUGUUAUUGACAAUGUAGAGAACACUAUAAUUAAUUGGGAGAAGAUCUAUCACACAUACAAUGAACAAGCGAAAUAGGGUUGA